UCAAAAACUCAAAACCCUAACGAACAACGCAUGCUCCGAAGCAAUUCUAACUUUCUAAGCUAUAAUCCCUCGCUUUCUCUGCAACCAAACACUAUACCAUCAAUUUCUGGCCAUGAACUACCGGUUUCAAAACCUUCUAGGCGCGUCAUACCGCGGCGGCAAUGCCGUCAUCACACAGGAUGCAACGCUGAUCUCACCUGUGGGUAACCGUGUCUGCGUCACCGACCUCCUCAAGUCCCAUACUCUCACCCUUCCUGUUCAGGCAUCUUCGAAUGUCACCCGCAUAGCUGCCUCCCCGGACGGGACCUUCCUGCUCACCGUUGACGAGAAUCGCCGAUGCCUAUUCAUUAACGUCCCUCGCCGUGCCGUUUUGCAUCGUAUCACCUUCAAGUUUCCAGUAGCUACCCUGAAAUUUAGCCCUGAUGGCGCGUAUAUUGCUGUUGCUACCGGUAAAUUGGUACAAAUUUGGAGGUCUCCGGGGUUCAAGAAGGAAGUUUUCGCUUUCGAGUUAGUGAGGACGCUCGCGGAUGGCGAAGACAAGGUGACGGCUUUGGAAUGGAGUCCUGAUGGAAAUUACCUACUUGUAGGGUCAAAGGAUUUGACGGCGAGGCUCUUUAAUGUGAACAAAGUCAAGGGAGUUUCAAGUAAGCCGCAUUUGUUUCUGGGUCACAGAGAUACAGUGAUCGGUUGUUUUUUUGGCGUUGAUAAGAAAACUAAUAGAGUUGAUAAGGCUUAUACAAUUACUCGUGAUUGUUAUAUUUUUAGUUGGGGUUUAAGUGAUUAUAGUGGAAAUGGUGACAAAAUUGAUGAACUUCGAGGGCAAAAUUCCGAACCUCUCUCCCCUGGGACACCGGAGAGGGAAGCAGAAGAAAAUUUGGAGAAUAGAGGUGGUGAUAAUUUGAAGAAGAGAAAAAUUUUCAAUGAUUUGGAUGGUAAUUUAAGGGAGGGAUUUUUGCACCUGGGAAAAUGGGAGUUGUUGAGGAAGGAUGGGUUUAUGCAGGCUCCGGCAAAGUUGACUGCCUGUGAUUAUCACAGCGCCCUUGAUAUGGUGGUGGUGGGGUUCUCAAGUGGAGUUUUUGGAUUGUAUCAGAUGCCUGAUUUUGUGUGUAUACAUUUGUUGUCAAUAUCAAGGGAAAAGAUCACGACUGCUGUGUUUAAUAGACUGGGGAAUUGGUUGGCUUUUGGCUGUGCAAAGUUAGGGCAGUUGCUUGUGUGGGAGUGGCGGUCCGAGAGUUAUAUACUGAAGCAGCAGGGGCAUUAUUUUGAUGCGAAUUGUGUUGCAUAUUCCCCAGACUCACAACUCUUGGCUACUGGAGCAGAUGAUAAUAAAGUGAAGGUGUGGAAUGUUUCAUCAGGUUUUUGCUUUGUAACAUUCUCUGAGCACACUAAUGCAGUCACUGCUCUGCACUUUAUGGCAAAUAAUCACAGUCUCUUAAGUGCAUCCCUGGAUGGGACUGUUCGUGCUUGGGAUCUGUUUCGUUAUCGGAAUUUUAGGACAUUUACGACCCCUUCUUCUCGUCAAUUUGUUUCCUUGGCAGCAGAUCAAAGUGGUGAAGUAAUUUGUGCUGGGACAUUAGAUUCAUUUGAGAUAUUUGUUUGGUCAAUGAAGACAGGCCGCUUGUUGGAUGUGCUUAGUGGUCAUGAAGGUCCUGUUCAUGGCUUGAUGUUCUCUCCUGUAAAUGCUGUCUUAGCUUCCUCGUCAUGGGACAAGACUGUUCGGUUAUGGGAUGUAUUUGAAGGAAAAGGUGCUGUUGAAUCAUUUUCUCAUGCACAUGAUGUUCUUACGGUGGUUUACCGUCCAGAUGGAAAACAAUUAGCUUGCAGCACAUUAGAUGGUCAGAUUUCUUUUUGGGACCCGAUUGAUGGCUUGUUAAUGCACACUAUUGACGGACGUAGGGAUAUUGCUGGAGGGCGUCUUAUGACUGAUCGUACAUCAGCAGCUAACUCAAGCUCAGGAAAAUGCUUCUCAACUCUAUGUUAUUCUGUUGAUGGGAGUUACAUAUUAGCUGGGGGAAGCAGCAAAUACAUCUGCAUAUAUGAUAUUGCUGAUCAGGUUUUGCUCCGCCGAUUUCAAAUAACGCACAAUCUCUCUCUAGAUGGAGUUUUGGACUUUCUAAACUCAAAGAAGAUGACAGAUGCUGGCCCAAUUGAUCUAAUUGACGAUGAUGAAAGUGAUGUAGAAGAAGGAGUCGACAAGCAAACCCGCGGAAGGUUAGGUUAUGAUUUACCGGGAUCCAUGCCUAACCAUGGAAGGCCCAUUGUUCGAACAAAGUGUCUUAAAAUUGCACCAACAGGGCGAAGCUUUGCAGCAGCAACAACAGAAGGAGUUCUUAUAUAUUCAAUUGAUAACUCAUUUAUCUUUGAUCCAACUGAUCUUGACAUAGAUGUUACACCUGAGGCGGUUGAUGCAGCUCUAGAUGAAGAUCAACCGAACAGAGCUUUGAUUCUUAGUCUUCGUUUAAAUGAGGAUAGCCUAAUUAAAAAAUGCAUCUUUGCUGUUCGUCCAGUAGAUAUACCAGCAGUUGCCUCAGCAGUGCCUCACAGAUAUUUGCAGAGGUUAAUCGAUGCAUUUGCAGAUCUGCUAGAAAGCUGCCCACACUUGGAGUUUAUACUGCGCUGGUGUCAGGAGCUAUGCAAAGCUCAUGGCAAUUCUAUUCAGCAGAAUUCCAGAAAUAUGCUUCCUGCUUUAAAAUCCUUGCAAAAGGCAAUUACCAGAAUACAUCAGGAUUUGGCGGAUACAUGUUCUUCCAAUGAAUACAUGCUUAGAUAUUUAUGCUCAGUAUGAACACCAAGAAAUGAUUGCUCAUCCACAGUUUAGUAUUUCUGCUCUUCAAAUUCAAGUUUUGCGAAUUGCGAUGCUACAUGGAGCACAGAUACACUUUUUAGGCAAAGAUCAACAUGUGAAGUUGGAUCCGUACUGCAAUCCCCCAGGUAAAACAACUCGUGUAUGGUGAUCGGUUGAAUGCCUGGAAAAUUCAAUACGAACUGCUGCUAUUCAUUGUGUGAAUGACAUUGUUUCUCCAUAUUAUGGUCACUUUCAACAACUGAACUCUUUUGAGGCUCGUGAACUGUAUUUUGUCAAGUAUGAUAUGAUGGCUCCGGCUUGAUCGACCACCACCAGGCUUUCAAGAACCCCUCUUCUUAUCUUCUUAUUGGCCUUUUGUUAUGAUGCAAAACUUGUUUUUUUUCCCCCCCUAUUUAUGGGUUUUAUAGUUAAUUCAGAAAUUUAUCCGGACUGCCCUUCCACUCGGCA